AGGGCUGGUUAAAAUAAAAAGUAAAGUAUUUAAAAAACACGCUUUUUAGUAAGAAUCCGAGCCUGGAUACGUGUUUAAACCAAUCCCAUGAGUUCACUAGUCGAUAUUACAAGUCUUUAUGUCUAUAAUAUCCUAAUACGGUUCUCUCAAUUUUCAAAUCUUUAAAGUGCGUGCCCUGCUUUAUUUCAAAUCCACUCACAAACGUUGCGUUGCGUGCUCGUGACUGGUGAAUUUGUGAAGUGCAGCGUGUCUGUUUUCACUUCCUGGUACUACUAGGGUCUUCCACCAGUCAGAUCAAAUUUGUUUCCUCGUCCUGUGGUUCAGCUGAAAUUGAGUUGCAGUCAACAACAAUCAGUAUGUAUUCUGGAUCGGACAGUGAAACUGACGACAAUGAACACCCAUUGUUGCACAGGAGGUCGUUUCUUAAAGUUAAUAAAGCACCAGCAUGCUGCUCAGCUCGCUAUGGUCUGGCCGUACUGUCCUUUUUUGGAUUCUUUGUGGUGUACGCCUUGCGUGUAAACCUGAGUGUUGCCCUGGUGGAGAUGGUGAAGACCAAAGUGAGCAGCAAUUCAAGUUCCUCCAUGUGCCCACAUUCAUCUUCCCCUGGUGUGCAGCACAACACGACUGCCAGUGUGUAUAACUGGGAUUCGGACACUCAAGGUUGGAUCCUCGGCUCUUUCUUCUAUGGAUACCUAUUCACUCAGAUUCCUGGUGCAUACCUGGCCAGAAAGUUUGGAGGAAAGUGGUUCCUGGGUCUCGGGAUCCUGGGUACAGCAACAUUGACACUGCUUACACCAGUUGCUGCAGACCUGGGACCUGGAUACGUCAUUGGCAUUAGAGUUUUAAUAGGCAUUGGAGAGGGAGUAACAUUUCCUGCCAUGCACACAAUGUGGUCUGCGUGGGCCCCUCCAAUGGAACGCAGUAAGCUGCUUUCCAUUUCAUAUGCAGGUGCACAACUGGGUACGGUAGUUGCUCUCCCGGCAUCUGGUUUAAUUUGCUUUUAUAUGGACUGGACAUAUGUGUUCUACAUCUUCGGUGCAGUUGGAGUUGGGUGGUUCUUUCUGUGGGCAUUUUUAGUUAGCGACACGCCAGAAACCCACAGAAAUAUAUCUGUACAGGAAAAGGAGUACAUAGUGUCGUCUUUGAAAGAUCAGCUAAAUUCUUCAAACAAAAACAUUCCCUGGGGGUCUAUGCUGAAAUCUUUUCCAGUUUGGGCUAUUGUGGUGGCCCAUUUUUCAUACAAUUGGACUUUUUACACUUUGCUUACCUUAUUACCCACCUUUAUGGACACCGUUCUAGGAUUCAGCAUACAACAGUCCAGGAAACAAGUGGAGAACAAUGAUAACAAUCUAGAGUACAGUAGCACAGAAGAACCUAUAAUCAUUCAGAAUGAUUGCAAACAUCAUAAAAAGAAUGGCUUUUUAUCUGCACUGCCAUAUUUGGGCUGUUGGGUGGUGAUGCUCUUAGGUGGUCAGAUAGCGGAUUACAUGAGGGAGACUUGGUUGUACAGCACAGUUGCAGUGCGUAAGUUGUGCACAGCAAUAGGAAUGGUUGGUCCUGCUGUGUUUCUGGUAGCUGCUGGCUAUACAGGCUGUAAUUACAUCCUAGCUAUAGCUUUUCUGACCAUCUCCUCUGCACUGGGAGGGUUCUCUAUGUCCGGCUUUAACAUCAAUCACUUGGAUAUCGCCCCAUCUUAUGCUGGAAUUUUACUUGGAAUUACCAACUCUGCUGCUACUAUUCCUGGAAUGGUGGGACCAGUUAUUGCUAAAACACUAACUCGUUCUAACACUAUUGAAGAAUGGCAAACUGUCUUUUACAUUUCUGCUGCUAUUAAUGUGUUUGGUGCUGUGAUAUUCACAAUAUUUGGUAAAGGAGUUGUUCAGGACUGGGCAGUGCCAGGGUUUCACUCUCAUGGAAACUGAUAGCUCUCAGAGCCCUACACUGUAUCUGCAGACUGAUGUAUUUUGUACUUGGCUCAUGAGACCUGGCUGCAAAAUAUGUGUGCUGCAAUUCCUUUGCAGCCUACUGUGUCCUUUCAGGCUGCUUACUUUUCUUUUCCAGGUGCAAUUGGCCAGAUGUUGUUUUUCAUUGUACAGCCUAAUCGGGGCUGUAUGAGUUAUUAAUUAGUCAAGAAGUUUACAUAUUUUUAAAUGAGCAAACUAUAUUCCAAAUAUUUAAAUUAAAAAAUGCAUUUAGAAUAGAGGUAAGGUAGCUUCUGAUUUUUAAAAUCUUUAAAUAUUUGUGUACAAAGCCUGUCAUUUUUUGUUCAAACAAUCUGGUAAAGUUUGAAUCCAAGGCAGAAAUUACAGAAAGGAAUGGCGUGCCGUUUCUUGAAACUUACUUAGUUCUUAGUUUUGCUAUUGCUUUGUGGUUGCUUAAAGAAACAUCCCUCUGUCUGUAAGGCAUCCAUAUAUAAAAUUUGUAACAUUUUAAAAUGAGUAAAUCUAACCUACAGCACAGGAAAUGUCAGAGUAGCAGGAAGCAACAGCAAUUUAUAAUCCAUUGGUUUUUUUGUGUGUGUGUUUUUUUAAUAAUGGGCACACACAAUCAGGGAAAUAAACAAUCAGUGAUCUAAGAUAAAUGGGGCCAGUGAUGAGACUGAUAGUGCCAAUAAGAGGUAAGACAUUGUUAGAACUUCUUUCAGUUGGUUUAGACCAAGGUUUACAAUGGUGUUUGUAUGCUGAAUUUAGGAAGUUAUACAGGCCAUUUAAACCUGUUUUGUAUCUAAACAAUAAAUACAGUGAACAUUAAUACAGCACCUUAUAUGCUAAGUACACCAAGGUAAUGAAAUUAAUGACUGACUUUAAUAAACCACAGGGUCUCCAGUGUGUCGGAGAUCUAAAUUUAUUCUCUAUGUGGUAUUAAAUCCAAUUUAGUUUAAAUGAAUACUGAAAAAAACAAAACACAUGGUUGUAUGAAUUAUAGGUAAAAUAUACAUAAGAGUAGGAGAUAGGGAGUGGGGUGGUAGGUCCCAAAUGUUAUAUUUGAAACAAAAAAUAAAAAAAAUACAGCUUUGAAUUAAAAUUAAUAAAUUUAUGUUUCUAAAUUGA